AAGGUCGGUCAAAAUCAAACUGAUGAGCAACGGUUACUUGUUUGUUUGAAACAUUCCUCUUCAAACACAACCUUUCUUCUUCGUUGUUGAUUGUUCACAGCAUCACUCGCUGUAACAGACACCACACCAGAAACAAGAGAAUCCGACACCGCCACAACCACAAGGUUCCUUGCAUCAUCACCUGAUUUCAUUUCGGAUGCAGAUACAUACUGAGAUACAUACAUACAUACAUACAUACAUACAUACAUACAUACAUACAUACAUACAUAGACUCCAACAUGUAGCAAAGUCAAUGGCGAAGUACCCACAACCCAACACCGAUUAGCCUCCAUUUGUUGCUACUGCUGCAGUUUUGACUUGGACCAACUCGAAUCCCAUCACCACCACCACCUCCUCCGUCACUGUUUUUCAGAUAGGGUAUAACAAUUUUGGUUGGAGUGUAUAACAAAUUAUUUGUAACGUUUUAUCCUUUGGCCUUUGUACUCUCUCCUGGUGGUGGGAGGCAGACAUGCACAUUAGACUGAUGGUGACGAUGACUCGAACAAUGAAAACGAUUAUGUCACCCAAUCAUAAUCAUGAGAAGAAUUCCCGUCUCUCUCCUUUGCCUCCUGGUCGACCUGGAAAACGUCAAUGGCGCCAAAGCCGCACUGGUACCUUGGCUGUUGCCAUAGCAGCACUUUUCUUGUGUACCACUGCUUGGCUUUCCCUUGUCUUCUCUGAUGCAACUACCUGUUGCUUUCAUCGCUUAAAGGAAUGGGAAGGUAGACCCCACAUUUUCCCUUGGAAGAAGUGCGUUCCUCGCCUUUCAAAAGUAACACCUCCAUCUGCUCUUCAAUUUGGGGCCAUGGAAGAUCAUCUUCACAAUGUUAGCAGUGUUGUUGAACAGGGAGUUUUGUCACUUGAACAUAUUGUUUUUGGCAUAGCAGGAUCAUCUCAGCUUUGGAGACAGAGGAAGGAAUAUGUCAGAUUGUGGUGGCGACCUGAUGACAUGCGUGGCCAUGUGUGGUUAGAGGAACAAGUUGCUAAAGAACAAGGAGAUGAUUUAUUGCCCCCUAUCAUGAUUUCUGAAGACAUCUCAUAUUUCCGCUACACUAAUCCAAUAGGCCACCCUUCUGGCCUCCGGAUUUCUCGCAUUGUCAGAGAGAGCUUUCGCCUUGGCCUCUCAGAUGUGCGCUGGUUUGUCCUCUGUGAUGAUGAUACCAUCUUCAAUGUGAAUAACCUAGUUGACGUUCUCAGCAAGUAUGAUUCCUCUGAAAUGAUUUAUAUAGGUAGCCCCUCAGAGAGCCAUUCAGCCAAUACUUAUUUUAGUCACUCAAUGGCCUAUGGUGGUGGUGGGAUUGCAAUAAGUCAUCCGCUUGCAAAGGCGCUCUCUGAGAUUCUUGAUGAUUGCAUUGAGAGGUAUCCCAAGCUUUAUGGUAGUGAUGAUCGACUGCAUGCCUGCAUAACUGAACUUGGCAUUCCUAUGACCUGGGAGCAUGGUUUUCACCAGUGGGAUAUAAGGGGUGAUGCUCAUGGUCUUCUAUCCUCUCACCCAAUAGCACCAUUUGUGUCAAUUCAUCAUGUUGAAGCUGUGAACCCCUUUUAUCCCGGCUUGAGCUCUUUGGAUAGCCUGAAACUUUUCACAAGGGCCAUGAAAGCUGAUCCCAGGAGCUUUUUGCAACGAUCAAUAUGUUAUGACCAUGCUCGGCACCUAACAUUCUCGGUGGCACUUGGUUACGCAAUCCAAGUCCUGCCUAACAUUGUUCGUCCCCGUGACCUGGAGCGCACGGAACGAACCUUCUCUGCUUGGAAUGGUAUUAGUCAUAGGAAUGAAUUUGAUUUUGAUGCUAGAGACCCACACAAAUCUGUUUGUAAAAAGCCCAUCCUCUUCUUCUUGAAUGAUACUCGAAGAGAGGGUAAUGUUUCUUGGGGUUCAUAUAUUCAGAGUAGAGAUAAAGAUGACUUCAAAAAGAGAUUUUUUUGCUUUCCUCACUUCCCCCCUCUGCGCAGUGCGCGAGAGAUCCAGGUAGUGGUGCAGCCUCUGAGCAAGAAUUGGCAUCUGGUACCGCGUCGUCUGUGUUGCAGGCAAACCCAAUCUGACAAAGAAAUCCUCCAAAUCUCAGUUGGACAGUGUGGGACAGGAGCUUUUAGCUCUGUAUACUGACUCCGUAUUAGGUGGGCUUUGGGAUUGCAUGUUAGGGUUACUCACUUAUGGUUUUUUUGUACAUGAUUUGACCUUAGAGUGAAGAGCUAAUUCGUCGCGGAUUUGUUUUUUUUUUUUCCUUGAAUUGAGCUUUCUUGAACUCCUACUUAUUUGUGCUGACUUAGUAGAAAGUAGAAACUUGUACUUGCAGAUGGUAGAUAAAAGUUUCCUAACACCAAAAUCAGGACUAUUCAUUUUCACCUUUCAUAUUCCCA